GCCUCCGGGCCUGUGUCCGCUAUAAGGCUAGCCUGGCUGCGACAACGCCCAUCCCCUCCACCGCUCCCUUUGCGCGUUGCUGCAUCCGUACGCUCUGAAACCAGCCCUCAACCAUGGCAUGCCCCUUGGACCAGGCUAUUGGCCUCCUUGUGUGCAUCUUCCACAAAUACUCUGGCAAAGAGGGUGACAAGAACAGCCUGAGCAAGAAAGAACUGAAGGAGCUGAUCCAGAAGGAGCUUACCAUUGGCUCCAAGCUGCAGGAUGCCGAAAUUGCAAGGCUAAUGGAUGACCUGGACCGGAACAAGGACCAGGAGGUGAACUUCCAGGAGUAUGUCACCUUCCUGGGGGCCUUGGCUAUGAUCUACAAUGAGGCCCUCAAGGGCUGAAAAUAAAUUGGGAAGGUGGAGACACCCUCCUGGGGGCCUGUGUGAGUCAAAUCCAGUGGUGGGUAAUUAUACAAUAAAUAU